AUGCAAAGGAAAUUUCUGCCAAUAACAUUGCUGGUUAGAGCGCAUGGAUCUAGCAUUUCUCGAAACUGGCCUCCAGUGAAGGGGUUGCGUUUCACGUCUUCUACAACUUCUUCGAACAGCACAUCCUCAUUCACAACUCGAACUACUACGUUUUUCGUAUUAGGGUCAGCCUUGGUUGGAGGACUAUUAGGAUUCACGCUGGCAGACCGUGCACGGACCUCCCUACCAAGUCACUCACUGAUUCCGACAGGAGGUGCUACAAAGCCAACGUAUGGGUCCCCAGAAGAUUUUGGGAAAGCCAUCGAGGAAUUGAAACGAACGUUUCCUGGCGAAGAUAUUGUCUCAACGGAUCCGGAGGACGUAUAUAAUCAUGGUUUCUCGGUGAACGAUUACCACCCAGGAAUAUCACAUAGCGUCGUGGUUUACCCUUCGACCACUGAAGAUGUCGUUAAAAUAGUCAAAAUCGCAACGAAAUAUCGUAUGCCUAUCACAGCUUACUCGGGAGCAACCAGUUUGGAAGGCCAGUUCCGUGGAUAUUCUUCAGGUGGAAUAUGCAUAGAUAUGUCGCAAAUGAAUCAGAUUUUAGAAAUCAAUGAGGCGGACUCAGACUUGGUAUGUCAACCAGGAGUAGGUUGGGUUGAAAUCAAUGAUACUCUACGCGACAAAGGGAUCCCAUUAUUUUUCCCGAUUGACCCAGCGCCGUCUGCCACUCUAGGCGGCAUGAUAAGUAAUGGAUGUUCUGGGACAAAUGCUGUCCGCUAUGGAACGAGUAAAGGAGAAUGGUUCUUAAACGUUACGGUUGUCCUUCCAUCCGGUGAAGUGAUUAAAACCCGGCGAAGAUCCCGCAAGUCUUCUGCAGGUUUUGAUACCACAAAGUUGUUCAUUGGAGCAGAGGGUACACUUGGCAUCAUCACAGAAGUCACAAUAAGGCUCACGCCAGUUCUUCCUACGACGGUGGCCGUUGUUCACUUUCCGGAUGUUCGUAAAGCUACUGAAGCAGUCAGAGAUGUGAUGAACAGAGGAGUCGGGAUCCAGUGCGUAGAGCUGCUCGACGAUGUUUUCAUGCACGCUGUCAAUAAUUUUGGGCAAUCAGGGCGUACAUGGCCUGUCAAAGAUACACUGUUCUUUAAACUACAGGGCCACAACGACACGUCUUUGAGGGAUACAGCAAAGGUGGUCAAGGAAGUAGCUGAAAAGUAUGGAGGAUUUGGUUUCCAACUAGCAAAGAACGAUAAAGAGGCCGAUGAUCUCUGGCACGACCGGAAAAAUGCGCAUUAUUCUGGAUUAGCGCUGGUCCCGGGUAGUCGGCCUAUUGCUACAGAUGUCUGUGUUCCUGUGUCAAGAUUGCCUGAUCUCGUGUAUGAGACCAAGAAAGACCUCAGCACUCUCGGUUUGGUUGCUCCGAUCGUUGGCCAUGUUGGGGACGGUAACUUCCAUGCACAAAUCAUGUUUACGAAUGACGCCCAGUUAGCGGUUGCUAAAGAAGCAGUGGAGCGGAUGGUACAUAGAGCGAUUACUAUGGAUGGGACUUGUACGGGUGAGCAUGGAGUAGGAAUUGGCAAAAAGAAAUACUUGGUCGAGGAACUUGGGGCAGGAACGGUAGAACUGAUGAAGAUGGUCAAGAGAACACUAGAUCCUCUUGGACUUUUUAAUCCCGGAAAGGUAAUGUGUGCUCGGUUUUCGCUGGAACCAGGCUCUCAUUGA